AUGAGUUGCCUAGCCUGGAACUGCCGUGGGCUUGGGAACCCACUGGCAGAGGACGAGCUCGUAGAAAUUAUUCGAGCUCAAGAUCCCGUGAUGGUUUUCUUGUCAGAAACAUGGUCUGGAAGAAAACAGUUAGAGAAGAUUCGGUGUAAAAUCAAAUAUGCGGGUGUUUUUACCGUUCCUAGUCAAGGUAGAGGUGGAGGUUUGGCUCUCCUCUGGAAAUCGGAAUUUACGGUGUGGGUGGAUAGUUUCUCAAAAUUUCAUAUAGAUGCUGUGGUGAACGAAAUGACGGCAGAGGCUUGGCGUUUUACCGGUUUCUAUGGCGAACCCAAUACAAACUACAGGGAGGAAGCUUGGAGUAUGUUACGGAUGUUGCGAUCCAAACCGCACUUGCCAUGGUGUUGUAUGGGAGAUUUUAACGAGAUACUCCAGACGGAAGAGAAGAGAGGAGGCAGAAUUAGAGCGCAUGACCAGAUGCAAGCUUUCCGGGAUGUGUUAGACGAUUGUGGUUUGGUGGAUCUUGGUUUCUCUGGACCUGAGUUUACGUGGCACAGCCGAAGAUAUGGUCACCUAAUAUGGGAACGGUUAGACAGGGGAGUAGCUAACUACGAUUGGCUAGCAAAAUUUCCAGCAGCUUCAGUUCGUCAUCUCCAUUGUUUUUCAUCUGAUCAUCUACCCAUAAAGCUGGUUCUUGAUCCCAAUAGCGAAUCACAACGUUGGUUCCGGCGUCCUUUCCGAUUUGAAGAGAUGUGGCUGGCAGAUAGGGGUUGUAAGGACAUUGUCUUAAGAGCUUGGGAAGUUCAACAAGAUGGGAGUCCAAUGUUUAAAGUAUCCAAGAAGCUCAGGAAAUGUAAAAGAAUGCUCAAGUCAUGGAGCAAAGAUCACUUUGGCAGUGUUAAGCGAUAA